GCGAGGACCCGGUGAGGUGCGCGGGAGCAAGUGCGCAUGCGCGCGGUGCGAUUCCAUCCUCAUCUGCGCGCAGCUGCUGGGAGCGAUCGAGGCCGGGCGCAGCGUGACCCUCCCGGCCUGGAGCGGGGGGCGGACGGCGGCUUCCGGUGCCUUCUGGCUCAAGCCGCGGCGGCAGGGUGUCCCGAAUCGGCGCCAUCCCAACGACCCCUUGUUGGUGCCAGAUCUCGGGACGCGUGUGAGCUCCGGUGCGGGCGGGGGAGGAGGCCCUGGGGCAGGCGGGGCCUCCGGGACGGGGACCUCAGGCUCCCGUGCCCACCGGGGCUCCUGUCUGGGGACCGCUAUAGUUCACGGCCACCUCCUCGAUCCUCUGCUGCCGUGGGUUAGAGCAGCUCGAUGUCAGAGGCCACGGCGAUGAAUCUCCUGGAGGACUGGUGUCGCGGGAUGGAAGUGGACAUCCACAGGUCCCUGUUGGUCACGGGCAUCCCCGAGGACUGCGGCCAAGCAGAGCUCGAGGAGAUCUUGAAUGGGGUCCUUGCCCCCCUGGGCACGUACCGCGUGCUCAACAAGAUAUUUUUGAGGGAAGAGAAUGUCAAGGCGGCCCUCAUCGAGGUGGGCGAGGGUGUGAACUUGAGCUCUGUACCCCGAGAGUUCCCCGGAAGGGGUGGCGUCUGGAAGGUCAUCUGUAGGGAUCCCACCCAGGAUGCUGAGUUUUUGAAAAACUUGAAUGAAUUCCUGGAUGCUGAGGGGCGCACCUGGGAAGAUGUGGUCCACCUCCUACAACUGAACCAACCCCCACCACCCCAAAGUCCAAACCAGAUCUCAGAGAACUGGGCGGAAGCUUUGGGGGUGCUCCUGGGAGCUGUGGUGCAGGUCAUCUUGUGCAUGGAUGCUGAGAUCCGCAGCAGGGAGGAGGCUCGGGCUCAGGAGGCCGCUGAGGCUGAGGAGGGAGCAGCAUGGGCUUUGGCAGCAGGGAAGAAGGUCAAGAAGGAGCCAGGGCUUGCCAAGGAGGUGGGCUCUGCCUUGAAGAUGGAGAAGCCCACCCGCUGGAAGGGCAUGGAAGACCAGGAUGACCCCGCCAAGCCGAUAGUUCAUAGGGCUGGAGCUAAGACUCACUCCAGGAAAAAGAAGCAGAAGAAAAACCCCAAGCAGGAACCAGUGCUCUGGAAAAAACCCAAAGGCAGCCCUUGCAGCAGCUCGGCCUACUCAGAGGGGCCUGAGGCUGGUGAUGUGCAAAGUAUGGAGAUCUCAGAGUCUGGCAAAAGCCACAGAAAGCCCUGUGUGAAGCAGGGGGAGCCGGCUUCGAAGAAGCCCAUGGAGAAAAGUGUCUGGAAGGUUCCCAGAGAGCCACCUCAGGAUGCCCUGAGGGGAGCUGAGAACCCUCGAGGUGCCUCUGAGUCAGAUCAAGAUGGCGGUCAGGGGAGGCCACCAAAGAGGAAGGCUGAAGGCUGGGCCUCGGGAAAGAGCCUCACCCCGGUGAGGAAGAAGAAGAAGGUGAGCUUGGGCCCUGUCUCUUAUGUCCUUGUCGAUUCCGAAGAUGCCAAGAAGAAGCUGAUGAUUCCGAAGAAAGGGCUAAACUCCAGAAGGGAUGUGUCGGCUAAGAAGGUCCUGUGUGGCCUGAACCCUGCUGCAGUGCCAUCCUCAACGUCCAGGGCUCCAAAGGCCAAGCCUGCAGGCUCUCCUCGGGCCUCCAAGGAUUCCAGAAAGCUUUGAUUCCGAGGACCACCCGUGCCCUAGGAGUUGAAGGAAGAGCAAGGAAGAAGUCCCAAGCUGGGAGCAAAGGUUUUGCUUGCUGUCAAAUGGGACAAGAGUGUGGACUCUGAGGGACCCAGUGUGUAGAGAUGUGGCUCAGAGGUGAAUGGAAUGGUAGGAGACAGUGUGUGAGAGGGGAGAAUGGGGGAGGGAGAUGUCUCUCUGCCUUUUUCUCUGCCAGGUCUCCUCCUCAACUCACCCUCAGAGGCUAGAGAGCCGGUAAGUGGCCUGGGAAAAUUCUAAAACAUUCCCCAUUGUGUGUGGGCAGAGUCCCUAGGGGUUCAGCUUUUCUCCCCCACUCCCUGCUUCCCACAGCACCUGACCUUCAGGGCCUGGCGUUUGAAGAGCAGGGCGGCCACUUGUUUCCUUCCAGCCUCCUUGUGCCUCCCCAGUGGGUAAGUUAAGCCUAGAUCUUCCCUGCAGACGUGGUGUUCUUGUUCCUUCAGUCCUGACUUCUGUCCUCCAGUUGUCCAACUGGAAGGCUUAGGUCCUAAAAGUUCUGGAGAAAAUGAAUGUCUGCCUAGUUCUUGAAUGAGUAGUUUCAGGAUCUAUUAAUAAAAAUGGCAUUUGGAUCCCCAUUUGGGGUGAAGCCUUCUCAGGAAGCCUGUGGGGAAGAAGGGUAAUUGGAUGGGAAAGUCUUGAAUUUUUCUAGAUUCUUGGCUCUAAUUCCAUCUAGUGCCACCAAACUCACCAUCUUUGAGGCUGAAGUCCACUUUUCACAUUAUGGUAGGAAGGGAAAAAAAAUCCUUUACAACAUGGUUGUUAAUUUGUGCCCUCUGGAUUUAGACACAGUAAAUCAGACCAUACUACUGUGUCCUACGUGUGUGUGUAUGUGUGUGCGCACGCGUGCGUGUGAGAGAUGUGAGCAUGUAGGGAAAGGGACAGUGUCCCCAAGACCAGACUAUAUCCUGGGGAGUCUCAAGGCAUCCCCACAGAUGUAAUCCAAAUCUAUUUUUUCAUAUGUUUUAAAGUGUGAAAAAUGGCUACUCGAAUAUGUUAUAAUCUGAAUCAGUCAUGUUGAGAACCGUUAAGAGCAUUACCUGUGUUUAUAGGGUCACUCGUUUACAUACAGGUCUGGAACUAGUUGCUUCUGUCAUCUCUUUGCAUAUAAUUAAAUUUCUUAUAAACAUGACUUUGAGGAAGCCUACAAGCAGAGGCAGUUGUGUCCUGUGCAUGUCCUGUGAGGCGACACUCUGAAAGGAAGCCUCCUUUUGUAACCCACGUGCCCUCAUCCUGCUGUGUGACAGACAGCAAGUUCAUGUGUCAGCCUGGCACACGACAGGCUCUACCACCCUAGAGUUUUAGCCUCCGUGAGUUUUCGUGGUCUCUCUUCUGACUUCAGUUUUUGUGGUUAAAACAACGUGAACAGUUGUUCGAUGUUGGUCCUGAUUCACCUGUAAGACAUGCUCUUUGUGAUGAUUCAUUUCAUAAUUCUGAGUGGGGCUGACUGGAGAUACAGGAGCAAAGAACACUUUCUGCUUGCAGUCCCUCCUCUCUGUGUGUCUAGAGGGUUUCCUUGGGUGUGUGAGGAACAAACCCUCGGAGGGAACUGGAUGGGUGAGGUGACGGAAGCCUGCAGCUGUCCUGUCCUUAACUUCACAGGUCCUAGUGCUUUGUGACCUUGUGAUUAGUAAAUGUGAAUGUCAACGUGUAAAAUAAAGUUCAGCAA